AUGUCUCAAUCGGUAAGUAAUAAUGUUUGUUUUUUUAUUGUGUUUUUCUCCCUUCAAAAUUUACUUGAUUUACAUGGGUUUGUACUUAUGUUUUUAUAUUUGUAGAUCCUUGAAAUGAUUUGCGAGUGCGAGAACGAAGCUGCUCUUAACAUAUUUGGGCAAACUUUUGAGUUGACGGAUGAAGAAAAGGAAGCGAUUUCAAGGCGACGAAUUGCCACUUGGACCUGGCAAAAUGAAGUUAGCCCUAGCCUUAUAGAAAAUUGGUCAGCUUCCCAGCGAAUACGUUUCGCCAACGAAUGGGCUGAUGAUCAUGGCCUAUGUGAGGAAUCAGACGCUCCAGGCGAGGUGAUUGGAAGCCAGACGGGAGAAGGAAAACGUCCGGCAGAUGAUGAUACGAUUGAGUCGCCUCCAAAACGACAUAGCGCUGAAGAGUAUUUCACCGUGAAAUCUGUGAAACAAGUGAAUAUUAGGAAAUUCCGCACAACAGGUACCGAUUUUAAUGUUAUUUGAUAGUCGCUGAUAGCAAAAUACACAACCAGUAUUUUGAGAGUCCUUAUUUGACAAAGAGUUUCUUAUAGUUCUAUAUUUCUAGGUAUGUCUUUUUUUGCAGUGAUACAUUUAGACUGCUCGCAAACGUCGACCCUCACUCAAAUCUGUGACAUCACAUAAAACCCAAGACGGUUUACCGAAACUAGUCAUAGACCUUACCGAUUAUUCUCAUUUGCCCAAUGGCCCUUUUUUCCGUGCUUAGCGCACAUAAAGGUUAUGCACCCAUUUGCACGAGGUUGUUUGUUGUUGAGCUUAAACUCUGUCAUAAGCAUAUAUUCUUAACCCUAUUGUACACGAAUUGCGAAUAAAUACCCAACACAGAAACGAGGUCAUUGAGUGAAAAGUGAAUAAUCGGUAAAGUCUAUUCUACUGGGCUAACACGUCUUCCUAUUAGCUAAGACAAUGUAUUGCGUUUAUAGGCAUUGAUUACACGGUCCAAUUUAAUCCCUUGGACGUACAUGGCAUAUCGAAUGUCAUGCCCACUUUGCACCUUGCUUUCCGUAGUCUAUUUGACCGAAUGACCAAUGGUAUGCCCCCCCCCCAAGAUAAGGUUCGAUUUAUCAUGAAUUCGUCCCAGCUUGAUAGACCCAUUUCCCUACCUUUCUUACCUCGAGAUCGUCUAAACCCCGAACGCUUCCUGGCCGCUGUGGAAAGAGUAGUUCAGUCUAACGAUAAGUUCACCCUGGACGAUUCCCUUAACGUGAACGUCGUCCACGUUGAAAUGCCCCAGGGCGCCGGUAAUGGAAAAAAACGUGACGUUGUCAACCUGAAAGCUUACCUGAACAAAAAAGGUUGCAUUGUACAAAUAAAAAACAACGACAAUCUCUGUUGUGCUCGUGCUAUCGUCGUAGCAAAAGCAAAGUACGACAACGAUCCAGAGUAUAAGAAUAUUGUGGACCACCGUGGAGCGAAGCAAGGUCGCCUGGCCAAUGAACUUCAUGAAUCUUCCGGUGUUCCCCUGGGACCAUGUUCUAUCCGAGAGAUUAAAAAGUUCGAAAUGGUCCUCGUUGGAUACCAACUCAAUAUCGUGUCCAAAGAACAUUUAAACGCUCUUAUUUACUCAGGUCCAGAUGCGGAAAAACAUCUAUACCUUUAUUAUCAUGACACUCACUACGAUGUGAUCACCAGCAUGGCUGCCUUUCUUGCACGGAAACAGUAUUGUCACAGAUGCAAGAAAGGCUUUGAUAAAAUCACCGACCAUCCGUGCGGAGACCUAUGCAAGUUGUGUAACACUCAGAACUGUCCCAUCGUUGAGUGGAAACAUUGCGGCGACUGCAACCGUUAUUUUAAAAGCGAGGAAUGUUUCAAACGCCAUAUCAUGUCGGCGCGUCGUUACUAG